CGUGUUUGGCUAAAAAGAGGUUUUCACUUGGAGAACAAGUUUUUCUGUUUUCACUUUCAGAUUUCAUCAAAUCGCUCAACGAAAAUGGAUGUAAUAAAAUCACAACAAAUAUCUUCAAAACCAAUCGAGAAAGUGAUAGUACAUCCACUUGUACUGUUGAGUAUUGUAGAUCAUUACAAUAGAGUUGCGAGAGAUACAAGGAAACGUGUUGUUGGAGUAUUGCUUGGAACUUCAUUUAAAGGCACUGUUGAUGUUACUAAUAGUUAUGCAGUGCCCUUUGAGGAGGAUGACAGGGAUCCAAGUAUCUGGUUUCUUGACCAUAACUAUCAUGAGUCUAUGUUUUCCAUGUUCCGAAGGAUAAACGCCAAGGAGCAUGUUGUUGGUUGGUAUAGCACUGGUCCAAAGCUUCGGGAAAAUGACCUCAACAUUCAUGGGCUUUUUAAUGACUAUGUCCCUACUCCAGUCUUGGUUAUAAUUGAUGUCCAGCCUAAGGAGCUAGGAAUACCAACUAAGGCAUACUAUGCAGUUGAGGAAGUUAAAGAGAAUGCAACUCAAAAAAGCCAGAAUGUGUUUGUGCAUGUACCUUCAGAGAUUGCUGCUCACGAAGUUGAAGAAAUUGGCGUUGAGCACUUGCUAAGGGAUGUGAAAGAUACUACAAUCAGUACCCUUGCAACUGAGGUAACUGGGAAACUGGCAGCUUUGAAGGGAUUGGAUGCUCGACUUCAAGAAAUUCGGGGUUAUCUAGAUCUUGUCAUUGAUGGGAAGCUUCCAUUGAACCAUGAGAUUCUAUACCAUUUGCAGGAUGUCUUCAACCUAUUGCCAAAUCUAAAUGUUGCUGAAUUAGUUAAAUCGUUUUCAGUGAAAACAAAUGAUAUGAUGUUGGUCAUUUAUCUAUCUUCACUUAUCCGAAGUGUGAUUGCUCUCCAUAACUUGAUUAACAACAAGAUGCUUAACAAGGAACACGAGAAGGCUGAGGACUCGAAGCCUCUUGCAGUGCCAACUGCAGCUGGAAGCUAAGUUCCCGGUUCCCCCCUCUCCCCACCCCCACCUCUCUUGGUCGCCAGCACUUGCAGCUAGUUGCAGUUGGAACUUGAAUCUGCCUUGUGACAAUCUCGCACGUGGAGGAACUCUUCAUGUUUUCUCAUCUGUUAUGUUAGCAUUGUUACUCGAGAUUUUAGAAGUUCUUGUCCAGUGGGAUUUAGAUCGAUUGAUAGACAACAGAUCUUUUUCCUUUGUAUUAACGGAUCAAACGUCUUCCUUUAUAUUCCUUCCUGAAUUCUGUUAAAACAUAGGAUCGACAAGAAGGUACAUGUUGCCUGUGUUGUGUAUGAAUCCAUCACUAAGUACCUAAAAUAGAUGAAUGUGACCUCUCUUUAAUUGCA